AUGUCAGUGACACGUCAUGCUCUGGGUGCCUCUGCCUCUGGCGCAGAGUCUAUGGGCUCCACUACAUUGUCGGGUGCUUCAAUAGCAGUUGCUACAAUGCUCAGCAAUCUCAGUGAACUCAGUGACAAAGCCCUUCUCGUGCAGGUAGCUGCACUGUGCUCAAGGGCCGUCUAUCGAAAGGACCCUGCUCAGGUUGUCCCUGAGCUUUCAGGAUAUGUUAUCAAAGAUAGACACUGGAUAGAGCCCACAUGGGACGGAUCAGGAAAGGCUGCUGCUCUGUUCGAAAUUGCACCAGCCACCCCAGACUUUCGCCAGAAGAUACUGGUGAUUGCGAUUCGAGGGAAUUCGGGCUCAAAUAAGCCGACGUUGUCUUGCAUUACUUUCGGUUGCCCCCCUUUCAUCAACGCCGACAUCGAUUCACGCCUCACCGACCUCUUUCCCGGAAGUGGCUUUCUCCGAGGGUCCAUGCUGGCCUUCGUUAAUGAUGGCGAUCCGAUCCCACGCAUGGACUCAGCAUACGCCACGGAGUUGGCGCGCAUCUGGAAUCUAGUAGGAGGGAGCACUUGCCCGCCGAUGAGCGCAAUACCGGAGUUCAAGCCGCCUAAGCUACGUCUGAGUAGUCUCGGCGAAGUGGUAUGGCUAUCCAAAAAGGAUCAGGAGAUCAAAAAUAAAGGGAACAAAGAAGAGAAUGAAGGCUUGAAGGUCAUAGCAUGUUACCUUGGUCGUAACGACCUCGAAAAGCAUGCUUGGGCAAACGUUUUGGCGCACGAUAUGAACCUGUACGUGAAGUUCACGACUCUCAUUGGAAAUGGCAAUUUUAAUGGCCGCAAUGAUUGGACAACGGUUACGAACGAAGGGCAUUGUGUUAUCAACUAG